CCGCGCCGCGCCCCCGUGCGCCUGGCCUGCGGGGGGCCGGGCGGGCGGGCGGCCGCCGCGCCGCGCACCCAUGGACGGCCCGGCCAUCAUCACCCAGGUGAUCAACCCUAAGGAGGACGAGGGCCGGGUGCCCGGCGCAGGCGAGAAAGCAUCCCAGUACGGUGCCAGCUUAAAGAAGCAGAGAAGCCGCAGCAUCCUCAGCUCCUUCUUCUGCUGCUUCCGAGACUAUAAUGUGGAGGCCCCGCCAGCCAGCAGCCCCAGUGUGCUUCCGCCACUGGUGGAGGACAAUGGUGGGCUUCAGAAGGGUGACCAGAGGCAGGUCAUUCCCAUACCAAGCCCACCAGCUAAAUACCUCCUUCCAGAGGUGACGGUGCUUGACUAUGGGAAGAAAUGUGUGGUCAUUGAUUUAGAUGAAACACUGGUGCACAGUUCCUUUAAGCCUAUUAGCAAUGCCGACUUUAUUGUUCCAGUUGAAAUUGAUGGAACAAUACAUCAGGUGUAUGUGCUGAAGCGGCCCCACGUGGACGAGUUCCUCCAGAGGAUGGGACAACUCUUCGAGUGUGUGCUCUUUACUGCCAGCCUGGCCAAGUACGCAGACCCUGUGGCUGACCUGCUGGACCGCUGGGGUGUGUUCCGGGCUCGGCUCUUCAGAGAGUCGUGUGUCUUCCAUCGUGGGAACUACGUGAAAGACCUGAGUCGCCUUGGACGGGAGCUGAGCAAGGUGAUCAUCGUGGACAACUCCCCCGCCUCGUACAUCUUCCACCCCGAGAAUGCAGGUAUCAGUCCGCUCACCUGUCAAACGGGGAUUCCGGCAGGCUCUGGGGAGAUGGUUGAAGGAGUUUUGUGCUACAGGUGCCUGUGCAGUCCUGGUUCGAUGACAUGACGGACACAGAGCUGCUGGACCUCAUCCCCUUCUUCGAGGGCCUGAGCCGGGAGGACGACGUGUACAGCAUGCUGCACGGACUCUGCAGUAGGUAGCGCGGCCUCCCACCUGUGCUCUCCAGGACCUCCGGCCUCGGGGACCUGCCUGGCUUCAGCUCCCUGGGAGCUCCAUGGGAGGCUGCUCCUUGCUCCACACCAUGGGGUGAAUGUGGCCAUACCUACCUGUUUUAUUUUUUAAGAACAGAAACAACUAUUUUAAAGUGAACUCUUUUAACGAUUUCAUAAAGGGACAUGCAUUUUACUGAAUUUGCUUUUCUUAAAACAUACCAAAAAGGAAAAAAAAUAGGAAAAAAAAAAGCUUGAUAUCUAUUGAACUUCCUUUCAACUGUCCUUCCCUCCAAGCAGACAACCUGUCCCCUUCUCUCCCAGCUUGGAGCAGCUGACCCAACUCAGAAUCUCUUCCUACAGGAUGAAGUGCCUUUUUGAAUGUUAUUUUAAGCUGAGAGUUAAUUUUUCUACACAACAUGUUUCCAGACAUCUUUUAGUCUUUUAUUGUCUUAGAUUCUCUAAGAGAUAAAUAUGACAAUUUUCUAGAACCGGGUAGGGUAGGGGUGGCUAGGAAGUCAUAGGAGCCUUUCUCCCAACAGGUGUGACUGCUCAGACGACCUGUGGCAUGCUGCAGGGUCAGGCUCCUGAUGGGAGCUUUUAUGACCAUGUCGGUGUCUUCAUUCAUUUCUGACCCAGUGUGGAAUGUAUCUGCAACUGUGUGGCUUGACACUUGAGGAAACAAAGAUUCUUUUGUAUUAUAAUCAUUAUUAUUUCUGAUGGUCACAGAUUUGUCCUGAGGUCACCUUUUUCCCCUUGAAAGUGACGUCAUGUCACUUCUGCGUUCACACUACUGCCAUGCUUCCAUAAGUUGUUUUGUUGGCCAUGUUUUGGGCAGAGCAGUUACAAGAAACUCUAAAACCCUUGGAUAUUUUUUAAAAAUCUGUUUAUUGAUUUUUAAAUAUUUCCUUUCCAAAAGCUGGAUGUACAUGGAACUGUUUGGGAAUUUUCUUUGCUGCUACUGCGCUGCCACCAAACGGGACUGACCAGCAGCUGUCACACUGUUCUUUGCCACUGUGCCUAUGCUCAGAAUCUGCUCACUGCUAAGCUGCAAACUUGGACAGGGUCAGAAACAUAGGUGUGCCACCCAACUGCAGACUGUACCAACGGCCUCCUUCCCUGGCAUUGGCUGUGGGAGUUGAGAAGGGCACAAGGACAAGAGGGCCAGUGCACCUCAGGGGUGUCACAUUCAUUUUAAACUGAAGUCGACAUCAAAUCCUGUGAUCAGCUGACUAUUCUCUCCUUAGAACCUGUGGCUUCAACCAGCCACCAUGCUGACGCAGCCCACGUCCAUCUCUAGGGCUUCUAUUUUGAAGCAAAGCCUAUUUCUGAGCCAAGGGUUGGAGGUCACCCUGAGCCAGCUCCCUUUGCAGCCUUUCCCAGUGAGUUGUUUUAAGCAAUGCCAUGUUCCUUGUUUGACAACAAGAAAGUCUCUAAAGUAUUGCUCUUAAAAACAAUUGAAGAGAACCUUUUUGUGUUGGCACCAUUGCCUUAGUCCUCCAUGGGAUGGGCCUCUGCCAGAGUUCUGGUGGCAGCAACUAGCACUUAAGAGACCAGAAACUGGGGGUCAAAGUAAAAUCCUUUUUUUGUUUUCAUUGAUGAUAUAAUGAAGCCAGCUGCCAAUCAUACCCUGCCAAUAGCACUUUGGCCUGUGGACUGCCAUGCAUUCAGAAGAGAAAUAAGCAUUCAGGGAUAACCAGGUCUCCCCAUCUGAGUGUUCUGAACCUAGUAAUCCACAUGCCAAUUAAAAUCAAACAGCCGCUUGCUAGGCAUUAUUACCACAGAUGACAGUCCCGUGGCAGACCAGCACAUGCCAUAGACCUCAAUUGGGAAAACUAGUCAUUAAAUGAACCCACUGCCUUAAAUGUCUUGAAUGUCGCAGUCAAGUGUCUGUGUUGUGUUAAAAUCCACAUGGAAAUCAGUCCUAAUGAGAGCCUUAGACCCUCACCCAUGCCCCCUUCUUUCUCGGCAUCCAAGGCCAUGUUUGGAUAGGGGUAGAGAGGACAGAAAUUCUAGAAUACUUCAGGGGAAUCGAGCCUAGGCAUAGUGCCCCACUUCUGACAGAUGGAGUGAAGACACUUGGCAAUCUUGAGCCAGACACUUCGCCUAGUAGUUCCGGGAACGGUGAGUGCCAUUGCACCCACCCAGUGUGGAGCCACUGGGGACGGAGCCUGGCUCCUGCCGCCACAGACACCGAAUGUCUCGGGAGGGCCACAAACCCUCUGGGGGUUCAGGAUUCUGUGCACCUUAUUUGACCACACUCCAAAAUUCCAUUUUUAUUUUAACCCUCAAUUCUGCUUUAUGUACAUAAUCAGAGUAUCUAUAUCUCUAUAUAUAUUUUUAAUCAUCUACAUGUAAAUGAAGCAAUAGAAUUCUAACAGGCCAAGAAAUGAGAUGAAUGUUUGGGGUUUAUGUUUUUUAAGGUAAAUACGGGUAUUGUUUUUAAUUAUUACCUUUUAUUAAAUUGUGGGCUUUAAAACCGAAUGACACCUAUUAGCUAUUUCUCUGUGCCAUAUACUUCCCAUGUUAUCAAAACAUCCCCCAACUCUUUAGCCAAAAGGGAAAUCUGACUCUUGAGUUUCCAUGGUCCUUUCUGUACCAGGUUAAAAUAUAGUCUCCUGGGCAAAUAUUUUCUACAGUAAGAUCUGGGACAGGAUACCUUGGGUCAUGGACUCUGGCCUCUAUGAUGUUAAGACCUCACUGGCCAGGCCUUGAGUGGAGGUGCCAUGCUUGUCUGACAUUGUUACUGCUCUGGAAUCCUCCCUGCUGGUCUGUCGUUGGGCCCGUUAGCUGUUUGUAAACAGUGCAUUUGUUCACAAAUAAAGGAACAGUGUCUGUC